CACAAACUAAAAAGGGUCAACACUUCAUUUCUUUAAUUAUUUAUUUAUACUUUAAGAAAAGAUUGAGACUGAAAUUAGACCAUGGUGGUAGAUACUACGUAUUAUGAUCUUUUACUGAUCGAGCCAAGUGCCACUGCGUUAGAAAUUAAAAAGGCUUAUAGAAAGGCUGCAAUCAAACUUCAUCCUGAUAAGAAUCCUGAUGACCCUACAGCUGCGGCCAAGUUUCAAGAGGUAGGGGAAGCCUACCAGGUGUUAUCGGACGAUGGACUCCGAGCCAAGUAUGAUAAAUUUGGUAAGCAAGAAUCAAUGCCAAAGGAAGGAUUUGAAGACCCAACCGAAUUUUUCUCUAUGAUUUUUGGUGGAGAAGCAUUUAAGGAUUGGAUUGGUGAACUUUCAUUGUUACAAGAAAUGUCCAAGAGUGCAGAACUUUCAGGAUAUGGUGAUGAGGAAGAGAAAAAAGAGAACACUAAGAAGGAAGAUAGCAAGAAGGAGGAUGGUAAGACGAAGCAAACUACAACUUCUACCCCAUCCACCACUUCCACCACUUCACAAACUCGCAAGAAUGAAUCCUUUUCUCAAACUGAUGAAGCAAAGAUUUCCGAUGGAGUAUCCAAGUUUUAUUUGGAAAAUGGUGAAUCCAAUAAGUUGACAGCUGAAGAAGUUGAAGCACAAAGACGCAAAGAAGAACUUGAGAAGUUUGAAGAAGAAUGUAGAUUGAAGAAAAUUGAAACUAGAAAGGAAUUAGUUAAGAAAUUGAUUGAUAAACUUUCCUUAUAUACUGAAACUGACAUGCAAGCUGAUGUUGCAGAAUCAUUUAAACAAAAAUUAUUCUAUGAAGCUGAAUCAUUAAAGAUGGAAAGUUUUGGAUUGGAAAUCUUACAUACCAUUGGAUCUAUUUACAAAACUAAAUCCAAGAUUUUCUUGAAGAAUCAAACGUUUUUAGGAUUUGGAGGACUUUGGUGGUCAUUUAAGGAGAAGGGGGGAGUUGUUAAGGAUACUUUCAAGACAAUUAGUAGUGCUCUUGACGCCCAGCUGACCAUGCAAGAAUAUGCAAAGAUGCAGGAGGAUAAUGAGUACCAUAAUAAGCAAGAACAACAAGCAAAGGAAGAUAAGGAUACGAAAGCGGAAGAAGUGGAAGAAUUAAAGAAGAAAUUGGAAGAAGAAAAGGCUAAAUUAAGAGAUGAAUCAAACAAGUCUGAUACUACCAAGGAGGGUGGAUCAGAAGGUAAAGAGGAAAAGAUUCCAGAGAAGCACACCGCUGAAGAAUUGGCUGACAUGGAAAGAUAUCUCAUGGGUAAGGUUAUUGCAGCUGCGUGGUCAGGAUCCAAGUAUGAAAUCCAGGGCACAGUACGAGGAGUAUGUGAUGAAAUCUUGCUGGAUAAGGAUACACCAUUAGAAAAGAAAGUUGCAAGAGCCAAGGCUUUACAAUUGAUUGGUGAAGUGUUUAGUAAAGUUGUUCGGACUGAACAAGAAGAUGAAGAAGCUCGAAUCUUUGAGGAACUUGUCGCCGAGGCAAGCAAGAAGAGAGAUAAGAAGAAGAAGAAGAAUACCACGAACACUGAAGACAAUGUUGAAGAUCAUGAGACUUCCAAGUAUGUAUAAGGUUUUUUGUAAUUAAAAGGCCCCACAAUCUUAAUGAUGUGAUAGUGAUUGAAUGAAGCGGGUGAAUAGAUGAGUUUUUUUUUUGGA